AUAUGCAGUCACCAAUGGAGUAUCUAGUGAGCGCCAGUGCUGGUUGCAAUAUGCUGCAGCACAUGUGAGCUUGCGCCUCUGCAGUGCCUUGGUCUGCCACGCGAGAAGUUACCUUUUUUAGAACGGAGCAAGGGGCCCGGCUGUCGGUUGAGUGGACUCGGAAUCCAUGUCAGUAACUUGUUUGAUGUACUCAUAACGAGGUUUCUCUGCCGUAGCAAUCUUCCCCCAAUUCCGAGUCUGAACCGCCAUCAUCUUCUCCCGCAGAGCUCGUUAACCGAGCACUGAACCAUGGCUAUAGGGAAAUGGAACCCUUUUGGUCAACCUGUACUACAAACCACCACCGACCAUCCCGUCCCGCAACCGUUGCCAAUCCCUUGUCCCGAUGGAAAACAGUUUGGUCUAGAGAAUUUUGGCAACACAUGUUAUGCCAACUCUGUCCUACAAGCUCUAUAUUUUUGUAGUCCCUUUCGAGAGCUCAUAAUUCAGCAUGCAGAUCCGUGCGCCGUUAUCCAGGAAGCUCUUUCCUCUCAGUUCACUCCCAGUGCCGCUCCCGCCUCCCCAACUGUUGCUGCCCGUCGGAAGCCAACAGAGCCCCAGCCUGUACAGGAAUCUCCCCAAAAAACCGGUAUUGUGAAACCUCCGACACCACCGAUCCCUUCAUCACCACGGACCUUGAUGUCUGCACUUCGCUCCUUGUACAUCCACAUCUCCCAGAAUCCAGCUGAUAAAGGCACCGUUGCCCCCCGAGCAUUCAUAGACAAACUCAAAGAAUUAAAUGAGGCAUUUAGAAAUACCAUGCACCAGGAUGCCCACGAAUUUUUAAACUACCUUCUUAACAAGAUUGUUGAGGAAAUAGAAGAAGAAAAGAAGUUCCUGCAGGUUCCUAUCGACGAUUCGGCUCAUUCAGUCAAAUCGUCAUCUACAACCUCCCAACCGUUGGUAAUGACAGCAAGCACGUCGAGCUACAGGCAAUCCGCCGACGGGAGCUACAUUUAUACACCAGAUAUUCGAGGUAUACUGACUAGUGAAACUCGAUGUCUGACAUGCGAGAAUGUAUCUUCACGUGACGAAUCAUUUUUGGACCUCUCCAUAGAUAUCGAACAGAACUCGAGCGUGACAGCAUGUCUUCGACAGUUCAGCGCUAGUGAAAUGCUCUGCCAGAGAAACAAGUUUUUCUGUGACGGAUGUUGUGACCUCCAGGAAGCGGAAAAGAGGAUGAAGAUAAAGCGACUGCCCAAUGUUCUCGCUCUACAUCUCAAGCGCUUCAAGUAUCAAGAAGAUGUACAAAAGUACAUCAAGCUGGCUUAUCGCGUUGCAUUUCCCUUCGAGCUCCGCUUGUUCAACACUAUAGACGAUGCUGAGAACCCUGAUCGACUGUACGAACUCUUCGCCAUAGUGGUUCACAUCGGAAAGUACGUCCCCUGUUGCGUGUGACGCUCGUUAUCUGUAAUUGCUGCUGACACGCCUUUCUUCCCUCGUUCGUCUUUGUAAAUAUAGCGGGCCAAACCAUGGUCACUAUGUCAGCAUCAUCAAGACGUUGGGUACCUGGCUCGUAUUCGACGAUGAAACAGUGGAGUCGAUCAAAGAAUCCGACAUACCCAAGUACUUCGGCGAAUCUAAUUCGGGCUCCGCCUAUGUACU